CAUUGAAAGGAAACACUGCAGCAAGAGUGAAAGUUGGUGAUUAUCAUUACUAUGGAUUUGGAACAGAUAUUGACUAUGAAACAGCAGCAAUCCACUACAGUUGCUUCUGAACAGCAACAUAGUGCAUAAGUAAUGUUUAAUCUGGGCUACAUGCACAAGAGAGGACUGGGUAUGAGACAGGACAUUCAUCUUGCCAAAAGGUUUAGCGACAUGGCAGCUCAGACCAGCCCUGAUGCCCAGGCCCCAGUCUCACUAGCUCUGUUGAAGAUAGGCGUGUUUUUUACUUGGGAAUGGAUUCAAGAGAAUUACGGAUCAUUGAACUUGUCAAAGUUUACCAAAUUUAUUGGCGAUGACUGGGAUAUUUAUGCAAUGACAGGACUUGCCCUCCUGUUUGGAAUUCUUCUUCUACUUCGAAGGAGACAAUAACCAUCUUUUGUAGAAUUUGUACAGUAACCGUAGCUUGUA